AUGUCCGACAACGUUGGCCUCAACACGCCCCGUGGUAGUGGCACCUCGGGCUACGUUCAGCGUAACCUCGCUCAUAUCAAGCCGCGUGACUUUGGCGCUCCUUAUCCCAAGGACCUCGACAGCUUGCGACACAAGCAAAGGCAGCCAGACAAGGGUAUUCUAGAACAUGACCGCAAGCGCGAAGUCGAGGUUAAGGUCUUCGAUCUAAGAGACAAACUUGAAGAGGAAGAGGUCGAUGAGGACGAGAUUGACAAGCGAUGCGACGAGCUUCGACAAAAGCUACUUGCCGAGAUGAACUCCGGGAGACGGGGAGGAUCCAGGAAGCCGUUCAAGCAACACCAGGUUCACGAGAUGGCCGACGCCAAGAUUAAGGAGAGCGAACGACUACGGAAAGCUUUAAAGAUCAGUGCCGAUUACGAAGAAGGCGGUCACUGGAAGCGACAGGAAGAAAGGCUGCGCAGUGCUCUAGACAAGGAGGAGAAAGACGAGGAAGAUGACAGAAAGAGCGAGCCCAGGGACUAG